AUGGCUUCAAAAACAAAGAAACGCAAACUAGCAAACAACGGUGUUCCCUUUGCAUUAGGAUUCCAAAGACCCACAGAAAGAGAGAGUGAGCGAGCUAUUGGACUUCRUAAGCARGAUAAGUCAAAAAAAGAUUACCAAGUMGGUGAAAAUGGMGAAUUUUUUGAACCAAUUCCUUGUCCCAAUUCGAUUGACGACUGGUUGGCGCAGUACAACGAAGAAGGGCAGAACUUCAGGAAUUUUCUCUCUACAUGUCCAUGGUUAUCCACAAGAAAAAGAAAGRUCAUUAAACAAAAYUUUGUUCCCGAAGGGAACACCAUUAAGGACAAAUAUCCCGAGGGGAAAAUAUUUCUUCAACCRCUUGGUGAAUUUGAGGAAAAUUCAAGUCCUAGGAUAGACCAACUUGCAYAGUAUGCCCAGAUGUUUUAUGAUAUACCAGUAGAAGUGUUGCCUGGAGUUAAUUUACAACUUCCAAGUGAAAAAGAUGGACCGGUAACUUGGCAUGGUUUUAAACAGGAGAAUAAUGAUGAAUCAGACACAAGUAAAAACCAUCUGAGAAGGAGUUCACGUCUUGAAUCAAAGUCUAGAGAGAUUGAUCACAGAUGGUAUCAUGGUAGAAUUCAGUUGAAUGUUGAUAGUAUUCUAAAAGCUUUACAUGAAAAUAUCCCUACAAAUGCUCUUUGCUUUAUUGGUCUUACAAUGGCUGACUUGUAUCAAGAUGUCUCAGAUCUCUUUGUAGCAGGAAUGGCAUAUGGAAAUAGGAAAGUUGCUGUUUUCAGCUUUGCACGAUAUGAGCCAGGACUGAGCUUCUCCAAGGAAUUCUGGUAUGAGAUGGAACAAAUCAAGGAAUAUUGUCAAGAAGAGAAAAGAUCUAUAAUGUUACAGCGUAGCUGUAAGUUGCUAGUUCAUGAAAUAGCUCAUCUGUUUGGAUUAGAUCAUUGUAUUUGGUAUUCAUGUUGUAUGAAUGGUUCAGGACAUCUUGAAGAAGAUUUUGCUCAACCUAUUUAUCUCUGUCCAGUUGAUCUUCAUAAACUCCAACAUUUGUGUGGAUUUGACAUCAAACAACGUUACAGAAAGCUUUUAGAAUUUUUUCAAGAACAUAAUAUGGACAAAGAGAAAGACUGGGUAGAACGAAGACUGCAGCACAUAACAGAUUGAUAUUUUYACAUUAACAUCAGUAUAAGAAACAUAUACUCAAGUCUCUCCACCUAUACGUCAUGCAGAGGCUACAUCUGGGCAUGUAACACUCCUUGCUGCUUGUUUUUUGACAAGCRAAGAAAACAAGGACCCACAGAAAACUAUSAAAGGAUCAAAUGAAGGCRGCAG